AUGUAUAAGCUCGGCGGCCGUGGCAGCGGGCGCGGCGGCGGCGGCGGAGCCGCGAAGCGCCCGCCGGCCCCCCACGGCCGCGGCCGGGGGGCCGGGUCCUCUAUCGGCGGCGGCGGUAUGUCCGCGCCUCCCCGCGGUCGCGCCGCAGCCGCAGCCACCGCCGCGGCGGCGGCGGCGGCGGGGCGUGAGGAGUCGUUCAGCCUCGAGCCCAGCGGUCGGACGGCCUUUGCGGCAAUUAUAAAGCUGACCCCUGACCUCGUCGACGAGAUCCGGCGGGCGGAGGAGUCCGGUAGCGGCGCUCGUAUCAAGUUCAGCCCUAACGUUAAAGGCUCGGAGAACAUUAUAGAUGUUGGUGGCAAAGAAUUCAACUUUACAUGGGCAUAUGAACGCGGUCAAUUAUGUGAUAUUUAUGAAGAACGUCACAGUGGAGAGGAUGGAAAUGGAUUGCUUCUGGACUGUGGCACUGCUUUGCGCAAGGUGAAUGUGGAGCGUAUUUUGGAUGAAUCAGCAAAGAACCUUGUGAAAAUGCGCUCAGAGCAGGCUGAACGUCUCUCAAAAUCUCGAAAAUCAAUUGUGCUGGACCCAGCAAAUCCAUCUGUUAAGAGUCAGGCCAAGUCAAUGGCUGCUGCAGCUGUUGAAGGUAAUAUGCGGAGGAUGAACUGGAAGCAGAAGAAAGAAUUUUUCAAGAAGAAUCCAGCUGCUGUUAUCGCUCCAACCAAAUCUGUUUCCAAAGUGAAGCUGUCUAACAGUAUACCAAAAGGAAAUUUCUCCACUUCACCAGCACUUUCUCCUGAGCAACCUGGAUCGAGCAUUCAUUCACUUCCUGUUGGAUCAGAUGCAAAUAAUGAAGUCAUAACACCUUUCGAUUUGAAUAAAGAUGAACAUAGUAAAGUCGUGAAGUCAACCCCAAAUAGGAUGUCUCAAGGAAUAAAUCGCCGAGCAAGUGCUGUUUCUGCAAGUAUUGAUGAUAAUACAAAUGAACUACAAAACCGCUUGGUAUCUGUACUUUCAGAUAAUCCAAAAGGAAUAAAUUUAAAGGGCCUGGAGAAAGCUGUUGCAGAUGAAUUUCCUAACGCUUCAAAGAAAAUAGAGAGUAGCAUGAAGAAUAUUGCAAAUUUCCAAGCACCAGGGAGAUAUUUUCUCAAACCUGGAUUAGAGGCAGAAAGCUCUAAAAAGCAUGCAUCUGGCAGUGGAAUAUCUUUGGAUGACAAUACUGAAGAGCCUGCUGAAAACUUAAAAAUGGAUGAUCCUGAUAUAUUCGAGAGGAUUGACAUUGGGGGCUCCCCAGUUUCUGCUGCACAAGACGGAAAAGUCAAUAAUGGCAGUGAUGGUAAAGCAGGCACAUCUAGUGAGAGCGGAAGCGGUAGUGAUAGUGAUAGUGAAAGCAGUGACAGUGGAAGUGACAGUGGGAGCCAAAGCAGAAGUGCUGCAAGUGGCAGCGGGAGCAGUAGUGAUAGUGAUAGUGAUGCUUCAUCAAGCAGCAAGGAAGGAUCAGAUGCAUUUGUAGAUAUUACGAGUGAUGAUGAUAAAGGAGGAGCACAUAGAAAAGCAGCAGAUGAACUUAAAUUAUCUUCCUCGCCAAGAGAUUUGACUGCACUAGAUGGUGAUGAUGAGCUGAUUGACAUUGGAACAAAUCUGGAGUAUAAGAGUGCAUCCCCGCACAUUGAUUUGAACAAUUUCAAUAACAACAAUGACGAGUCAGAAGAUACAGCUGUACCAACUGAUAGCAUCGAUGUGAGCCACUUUGAGGAGCCACCAGAAAUUCCAGGAAGCAAGAACAUGGUAAAUGCCAGCAUAGAUCCUGGUAAAACUGAUAGCAAGCAUGCUGCAAAUGAAAUGUCUUAUGAGGACCUUUUUGGUGACUCUUUAGCACCAAGUGGUGAAAACCUACCCAAGGAAGAACCCAGCCAAUCUACUAAACAUCAUGGUAGUAGGAUAAAAUCUGUAUCAAAGGAUGGAUCAAAUCAUGGUCAGGAUAGGAUCAUUGAGAAAGGCUCCAAAUCCAAGUUGAAAAGAUGCUCUGGCAAUGAGAACUCGGGUACAAUGCCUGGAAGUGCCAAAAGGCCCAAGCCUGAUAUAUAUUCAGGAAAUACUAGUUCAUUAUCAGAGCACAGACAGACUUUGCCUCCUGACAAACAUGUGAAUGAGAGUCUGAGCAAGGAGACAGGGAAUGUUAGCUGGGAUGCACAUAGCGAUCUUCAUGCACAUGAUAGCAGUCCUGCUGUGAAAGGAAGAUCUUUGGUUUCUGGAAAUUUACUGAAGAUAAAUCAAAACCCAAAUAUACUUAACCAAGCAACGCAAUCUGAGAGAACACAAGAUAAGGUUGAGAAAUCAAUUUCUAAGAAAAAGGCAGAUAAGAUGCAGAAGCCUUGGAAUAGUUUGGAUGGUAACCUUGGAAGAGUUCUGCAUGCUGAAGGCCAAUAUGUCAAUUUUGACGACUCUGAUGAUUCUGCCACAAGAAAAAGAGCUAGAUAUGGUGGGCCCCAAGUUGAGGAUAAAAUGCUUAAACGUUCGAAAGAUGCUAACAUCGACAUGUAUUCCAUAAAUUUAGCGAAAAGCGCCAAAGCAAAUGUAGGAUAUGAUGGUGUAGACCGUGUAAUGCCGAUUCCUGGUUCCACUGAAAGUAAUGGCUAUCCAUCAAAUUCACAAAGAAAUAAUGUUGAUAGUUCACCUCAUGGAAAAAAGGUGCUUCAGAGAGAGCUUUCAGAUCUUGAGUUGGGUGAAUUCCGUGAGGCUUCUAUGGAAAAUGAGACUGGGAGGACAAAGAAGCAAUUUGAAAGAAAUAGUUCUUCAAAGUCACUUGAUGGUAAAUUAGCCAAUGUGGACAACUCCAUUCCCACUAUGGUGAACCGAAAGGGCUCUCUAUCCUCUUCUCAAGAUCAGAGGAGACCAUCACCUCGAGAUUUUGGUAUGGGAGGUAAUAUAAACCAGGAAGGAUUCCCCAAGAAAACACCUGCAUAUGAUUUUGAUAAUUCUAGGCCCCAACAAAGAGGAAAUGUUCUGCAGAGUCACCAAUUGCCAAAAACCGAUAAUACAGUUGCUGAGAUCGUAUUACAUCCAGAUGAGCCAGGAGAAAAACCAGGAAAAAAGGAAGCAAGGAUGGUGCAGAGUGGAGUGCUAGAACAUGUAGGUUCAAAGAAGAAAAAAACCACCCAUAAGCUUCCUCAGAAUGGUAGUAGGAAUGCCAUAGGCUCUAGAACACAGAAAUCAAUUUCCCCAGCAGAAAAUGAGGAAAGAAGUAGGGAUAACUCUUUGAUUGAGAAUGAGGCCAGUAGAAAGAGAAUGGACAGUUCUUCAGAUGAAGAUAAUUUAUUCUUCUCAAAGUAUGAUAAAGAUGAGCCAGAACUGAAAGGUCCAAUAAAAGAUUUACCACAAUACAAAGAUUAUGUGCAGGAGUACAAUGAGAAAUAUGAGGUUUACUCCUACUUAAACAGUCAGAUUGAGAAAACUCGAUCUGAAUUCCUAAAGAUUCAGGAGGAUCUUAAUUCUGCUAAAGAAAGAGAUAAGGAUCUGUAUUACAGAAUUUUGGAAAGAAUCAGAGACAUGUAUCAUGAAUCAGGCACACGGCAUAAAUUGAUGAAGAAAGUCUUUGGAUUACUUCAUGAAGAGUUGCAGACUAUCAAGAGAAGAAUUAAAGACUUUGCAGAUGACUAUUCAAAUGAGACAUUUGCAACUGCUUUUCAGAGGCUGUCACUCGGCAUCAAUUCUGAAGAAAUUGAGACCUUGGCAUUAAGCUUGCUUGUAGAAGCACAGAACCAGAAUCAAAUAGAGAAAGUUUUGAAGUUCACUACCGACCACCGGCUCACUCCUUAUGUGUCGAGGAGACUUCCAAGUAAGAACACCCCUACUAGAUCGCCGGCCACGGAGAUGGAGAAGGUGCGGUGGCGCUUCGCGGACGGCAGCGUCACCGACCUGCUGGAAGCCCGAGGCCUCCAUGGCACCACCGAUAUUAAUAAGAGAAUGCAGUUCCAUUCAUCUCUAGUAGAAAGGCUUGCUUUAGAAAAAGAGUUGGAGGGUCACCUAGGUUGUGUCAAUGCUAUCGCAUGGAAUUCAAAUGGCUCACUUCUGUUAUCGGGGUCAGAUGACACUAGAAUCGGCAUCUGGAGUUAUGCUAAUCAACAGUUGUUGCAUGACAUUGAGACGGGCCAUUCAGCAAACAUAUUUUGCACAAAAUUUGUCCCUGAAACAUCUGAUGAAGUAGUAGUCUCAGGAGCAGGAGACGCAGAGGUUCGUGUUUUCAAUUUGUCUCGUUUAAGUGGAAGAAGGCCUGUAGAAAUUUCUAUGGAACCAGCAGCAGUUUACCAAUGCCACUCUAGGAGGAUCAAGAAACUAGCUGUUGAAAUUGGUAACCCUAAUGUAGUAUGGAGUGCAAGUGAGGAUGGAACUCUGAGACAGCAUGAUUUUCGGGAGUGCAGUUCCUGUCCUCGUGCAAGAUCUGCUAAUCAGGAAUGCCGUAAUGUGCUUCUAGAUCUACGAUGGGGAGCAAAGAAGUCCUUAGCUGAUACUCCCAGACAGCCAUUGGCACUGAAGUCUUGUGAUAUUAGCUCUGUUCGUCCCCAUCAGCUCCUUGUUGGUGGGAGUGAUGCAUUUGCACGAUUGUAUGAUAGGAGAAUGCUUCCACCAUUGAGCUCAUGUCAAGCUAAAAAAGAACCACCACCAUGUAUUAAAAUGUUCUGUCCAAUGCACCUUGCUGAUACUAGGAAGUCAAAUUUGCAUCUAACUCAUGUUGCGUUCAGCCCAAAUGGUAAGGAAGUUCUGUUGAGCUACAGUGGUGAACAUGUAUAUCUAUUUGAUGUUGACCUAGAAAAUACAAGUUCUGUGAGAUACACAGCAGAUGAUGUACGGGAGCAACUAUGCUUACCCCCUUUUAACAAAGAGCCAGCAAAUCUGACUCCAAAACAACAGAAAUUUCCUGUAAACAGAGCUUCAAGAAAUUUGUGUAGUGUAGACGCGUUCAAGAAACUUAUGCAAGUUGCGACAAAAUCUCUUGAGAUGGGCACUAACUUGAUGCAUGGGGUUGAAGCAUGCUCUACAGUGCUUCAGGCAGUGGACCCUUGUAUUGAUGAUAACAUGAAGCAUGACUGCUUCUGUACUCGAGCAGGAUUGUAUCUAAAGAGGAGGUGGAAAAAUGAUGUAUACAUGGCUAUACGGGAUUGCAACAGUGCAAGGUGUAUAGAUUGCAGAUCAUUUCAAGCUCAUUUGUACAUGGCAGAAGCACUAUUACAGUUAGGAAGGCUGAAAGAGGCAUCUGACUAUGUGGAUGCCUUAAAUAUCAUUGUUCCACCUUAUUCUGAGUCAGUUAAGCAAGUGGAAAAUAUCAAGGAGCGGCUUUUUGCAGCUGAACUUGAGAAGAAUAAAAAGGAUCAAGUAGGAAAUACUAACACGGAUGCACGACAUGGGCGGUUACGCUCGUUAAGUGAUCUACUGUUUAGAUCAGAUGCUAGUGGCUCGUCAUCGCAGGAGGGCCGAGAGGAUUCAGAUUAUGAUGAUGAAAUGGAGCUGGACUUUGACACGUCAGCAUCAGGUGAUGAAAGCCGUGAGAGUGAUCCAGGUUUUGUCCGGGGUAGUUUAAGUUUAAGAUUCCAGAGAAGAGAUAGUCAAACUGAUGAACACUCUGGUGAAAACAGAUCAGCUGAGCCCACUCAUAACGAUGAUUCUGCUUAUCAGUCAGAAGUUGCCAUUGACAUGAAGCAAAGAUAUGUGGCACACUGCAAUGUGGGGACAGAUAUAAAGCAAGCUAGCUUUCUCGGUGAGCAAGGAGAGUUUAUUGCUAGCGGAAGUGAUGAUGGUAGAUGGUUCAUAUGGGAAAAAAGAACUGGAAGGCUGAUUAAAAUGCUUGCUGGGGAUGGAGCUGUUGUGAACUGUAUACAAUCUCAUCCUUACGACUGUGCUGUUGCAACAAGUGGUAUUGAUAACACAAUAAAGUUAUGGACACCAGAUGCCAAUGCUACAUCUAUGGUUGCUGGACCUGAAAUUGAUGUAUCAAGUGUCAUAGAGAACAAUCAGAGGAAGCUAUCCAGGAACCGUGAAUUUUUGCUACCUUUCGAGUUUUUGGAACGAUUUCGGAUGCAUGAGUUUGGUGAAGGAAGUUUACAUCCUUUGGAGUGUGCACAGAGCUGAUUUACAACUGCUUGAGUUGCUGAGCUACCGGGAAAAGGAAGGGAACACAUGGAAAGACCAAUUCAUCCAAGAGACAAGCAGUUCAUGUUCUGAUAGGGGUGAAAUUGCAAGGCCUUGUUGCAGUUGUUGGCUUGGAUUAGUAGAGUAUGCUGGCACACCUCCUUAUGACAUGUCUAAGCAAGCGUGCUGAUGCUGAAGUUGUUGCUUGAGCUGGGAAUAAACAGCUUAACGCUGUUGGUUGCUGGUUGGGUAUAACGAUUGAUCUCUGUUACGCAGUGUAUAUCUGUUCCUUUGUACAGAUUGUAGAGGGGCAAACAAGCGAAGAAGAACCACAUAACAGAGGCUUAAACCAUAAUGUUCUUCUCUUUGGGCCGGAGGGCAACGCCAGUUCAGGUCGGGAAGCUUAGUUCCCGUGUUAUGUGCUAUUGCGUAUAGGGAUACAUUUCCCUGUACGAGUUUCACUACUUUGUACAGUGUAAAUAUUCGUGUGGUCCCUUGAAUGCGUCGUACGCUCCCAACUGGUUCAGAAAUUGACAUACAAAACUGGAGUUGCCCCUAGAUGAAUCUUCCAUCUUGCCUUUCUUUGGUUCUAAUAUGUUGGUGUAUUUGUAUUCCGUAAUUGAAAAAAAACGCAGCUCGAGAUGUGGUAUAAUGGCUGAUGGAUUGCAAAGCGGGCCAUUGAGUUGCCAUUUGGUCAUUAACAA